AUGGCUCUUUCAACUGAGAUGGAGGCACUUCCCCAACAAUUCUUAGAGGGUCCAAGGGUUCUUGUGAUUGAUCAUGAUACCACUAUCCAUAAUGUCAUUGUUGAAAAGUCAAUUGGUUGGGAUUUCAAAGUUACCACAUGCUCUAAUGCUUCUUUUGCAUUGACUCUUUUGAGGGAAGCAAAGGGUUGUUUUGAUGUGAUACUAAUUGAAGAACAAAUUUCAGACAUGAAUUCCUAUGAUUUUCUCCAACAAAUUACCCAACAAAUCAAUAUUCCUGUCAUUAUGAUGGGUAAAGAUGGAUCAACAAGUGCAGCUAUGAAGGCUAUUGCAAACGGGGCUUGUGAGUAUUGUGUUAAGCCUUUGAGUGAUGAUGACCUAAUUAAAAACAUUUGCCAACAUGUUUCAAGGAAAUCUUUGAAUGAAAAUAAACAUGAUCAAAUUCAUGUUGAUAAUGGCACAAAAGAAACUCAUGUUGAUGUGGUUGAAAAGGAUAAUUAUCAACCCCCAACAAAAAAGAACCGUUUAAAAUGGUCUCAAGCAAUGCAACAAGAAUUUCUAAGGGCUGUGAAUCAGUUUGGCCUUGAUAAUGCAAAGCCAAAAAAAAUUAUUGAAGUGAUGAAUGUUCCUGGUUUGACAAAAGAGCAUAUUGCUAGCCAUUUACAGAAAUUGAGAAUUGCUUUGAAGAAUGAAAUGCCAAAAGGUAAGUGGAAAAAAUCAAAGCAAGAUCAAUGUCAUCAUCCUACUGAAACACAGUUAGGUCUUGAAGCUGCUAAGUCAACGCCAGAACUUGAUCAAAAUGUUAAAAAUUCAGUCAUACAAUGUGACAAUAAUUCCCAUGCACCACAACAUUCAUCGAUAUUUGCAAAUCUUUUUACUGAUCAGUCUGAUGUUCAGAGUUCAGUCAUACAAUGUGACAAUAAUUCCCAUGCACCACAACAUUCAUCGAUAUUUGCAAAUCUUUUUACUGAUCAGUCUGAUGUUCAGAGUUCAGUCAUACAAUGUGACAAUAAUUCUUAUACACCACAACAUUCACAGACAUUUGCCAACAUUUUUACUCAUCAAUCUAAUGUUCAGAAUUUUGUUAUACAAUGUGACAAUAAUUCUCAUGCACCACAACAUUCACCGCCAUUUGCCAACAUCUUUACUGCUCAGUCUAGUGUUCUAAAUUCUUAUGCACCACAACAUUCAUCGACAUUCGGCAACAUUUUCACUUAUCAGUCCAACAUGAAUCCAUAUGAUGAGUUCUUUAAUUGA